AACCAUAUGACUCCCUCUUGUUACUGAACUCUCCACUGAGGGUGCAAACACAUCACCCGAAAACAGCACCAGACCAUCUUUCUUCCCGUCGUCUCUAUCAGCCCAUUUGUCCCGGAUAUCGUCUAGCAUGGCUGCGAACUGUGUGACAUCGAUUGUUUCUGAAGAUGUCGGAUUGAACUUGAAAGGUUGCACGCGGUAAACAUCGUUAAAAUGUAAGAUCGGGAUUGAUGGCAUGGUAUAUAGUCUAGAAGCAAAAGACAAAAGACAAAGUUCAAGUUAUGCAAGAUUGAAUAACAUCCAAAGUACGCGUCUGUACCAUACCAGCGUUCCAGAGUGGUGCAUUUCCUCCGCGGCGUCGCCAUGCCUCCUCACUCUUGGGGCGGGAUGCAACUAGUAUAAGUACACUCACUACGAAGGAGUUUCAGGACUCGGCCCAUCUUACCAUGCUAUGCGCAGUGACCUCUGCUAGAUGUUCCGGUCAUAAUAUCACUCGUGCUUUACAUCUCAAUGGAUCUACACCAAGGUCGAACAGGCUGAUCGGGUCACUUCGAGCCCUUUCUAGUGCUGCAGGACAACAUAAAAAACGGAGGCCAGAAAUACUUGGCCGAGCAUACUCCGAUGAUGCAUCCUCUUCUCCUCGUUCCAAAUCACAGUGGCCUUUCCAGCUACUUUCGGCCGGACUUCUUCUCGCCAUUGGUUAUGGCAUGGCGAAAUCUGAUAUCGCUGACAUCUUCUCCCAAAAUGCAGAGAGAAAAUAUGCUUCUCAUCAAGACCUUCAACAAGCCAUUUCAGAACUUCAAGAGGCUCUGCCAAAUAAAGUUAUCAUGGACCCGAACGCCCUCAAGACCUACGGCUCCUCUGCUAACUCAUACCACCCCGCAUCACCUCACUCCGUCAUUGUUCAAGUACACAGUACGGACGAUGUCGUCAAGGUCGUCAAUAUUGCCAGGAAGUACCGCGUGCCUGUCGUUCCCUAUAGUGGUGCCACAAGUUUAGAAGGCCAUUUUUCUGGUAUCUCUGCUGGUGACAUAUGCGUUGAUUUAUCUGCCAUGGACCAAAUACUGGAAAUUCAUGAGGACGACGGAGAUCUCAUAUGCCAGGCCGGAACACGUUGGGAAGACGUUAACCAAAUUCUUAAGGACAAGGGUAUUCCCUUGUUCUUUCCACUUGACCCGGGACCUGGAGCUACUAUUGGCGGAAUGAUUGGCACAGGAUGUUCAGGCACCAAUGCCGUGCGCUAUGGUACCGCUAAGGCGGAAUGGUUCUUGAACGUCACGGUUGUACUGCCCAACGGCAAAGUCAUAAAAACACGCCGACGUGCCCGCAAAUCCUCGGCCGGAUUCGAUACUACUAAACUCUUCAUCGGUGCUGAGGGAACUCUUGGAAUUGUGACGGAAGCAACACUUCGACUGGCACCUGUUAUACCCACCAAAGUGGCCAUGGCGCAAUUUCCGGACGUGCAAUAUGCUGUGAGCGCAGUACAAGAAAUUCUGAAUAAUCCAAAUGGGCCUCACAUUCAAUGCGUUGAGUUGCUAGAUAACCACAUGAUGGCCGCUAUCAACUUGGCAGGUCUUACUUCACGCGAACUUCCCGUCAGUGACACCCUCUUCCUCAAACUCCAAGGCACAGACUCCUCCAUCAAAGAAACCGCCAACGCCAUCAAGAAGAUAUUUAAGAAGCACGGAAGUAGUCAGUUUGAGUUUGCUGCUACCCAACAGCAGGCGGAAGAGUUAUGGGAAAAUCGAAAGUAUGCCUUGAUGAGUACUCUGACUGCUGGUGGAGAGGGAACGAGAGUUUGGACUACGGAUGUUUGUGUGCCUGUAUCGCGUCUACCUGAAUUGGUCUAUAAGACCAAAAAGGACCUUGCAGACAACGGCUUGCAUUCGACUAUUGUGGGACACGUCGGCGAUGGUAACUUCCAUGCUCUAAUUCAGUUCCAUAAAGACGAGGAACUUCCAGCCGUCAGCGCAGCGGUACACAGAUUAGUCCAUCGUGCCAUCGCGUUAGACGGAACAUGUACUGGAGAGCAUGGUGUUGGUGUUGGGAAGAAGGAAUACCUUGUUGACGAACUAGGGCCUGACACAGUUGAACUCAUGCGUACUGUGAAGAAGGCCAUCGAUCCGUUAAAUAUCAUGAAUCCUCACAAGCUAUAUCCCGAUGAUAAUGCUGAUCGGAAGGAGCAUCGAAUUCAAUGAGUCUAGAAUAACCUUAUCACGACACCUCAUUCUCUUGCACUGUAUAUCUAUGUAUCUUAACAGGAGUCCGGAACGAAUAGACAAUACAUUCUAUACAGC